AUGGUUGAUGUAGUCUUCACAGAUAUGCUGUGUCAUGUCAUGGAGGUAGUCUUUGAGAAUGAAGAUGUUGCAAAACUGUUGAACGAUUGGUUUGUUAGUAUUAAGGUGGAUCGGGAGGAACGACCGGAUGUUGACAAGGUGUAUAUGACGUAUGUACAAGCUCUGUAUGGUGGUGGAGGUUGGCCACUGUCUGUUUUUCUUUCACCAGAUUUGAAACCCUUGAUGGGCGGAACUUACUUUCCCCCAGAUGACAAGUACGGAAGACCAGGGUUCAAGACUAUACUUAGAAAGGUUAAAGAUGCUUGGGAUAAUAAGAGGGAUAUGCUUGUUAAGAGUGGUGAAUUUGCUAUCGAACAACUUUCAGAAGCACUGUCUGCUAAUGCAGGAUCAAAUAAAUUGGCAGAUGGACUUCCACAGAUUGCAUUGCACUUAUGUGCUGAACAACUUUCUCAUAGUUAUGAUUCAAAGCUUGGUGGCUUUGGAUCUGCUCCGAAGUUCCCAAGACCUGUUGAGAUUCAGUUGAUGCUUUAUUACUCAAAGAAAUUAAAGGAAACUGGCAAAAUAGGUGAAGCAAAUGAAGGUCAAAAAAUGGUUCUCUUCAGCUUACAAUGGAUGGCAAAGGGGGGUAUCCAUGAUCAUGUAGGAGGCGGUUUUCACAGGUACAGCGUGGAUGAGCAUUGGCAUGUUCCACAUUUUGAGAAGAUGUUGUACGAUCAAGGGCAACUUGCUAAUACUUAUUUGGAUGCUUUCUCCAUCACCAAAGAUGUUUUCUAUUCAUGGGUUUCGCGUGAUAUUCUUGAUUACUUGAGGAGGGACAUGAUAGGAUCAGAAGGUGAGAUAUUUUCAGCAGAGGAUGCUGAUAGUGCUGAGUAUGAAGGUGCUAAAAGGAAAAAGGAAGGAGCCUUCUAUAUAUGGUCCAGCAAAGAGGUUGAUGACAUCCUUGGGGAAUAUGCAGAUCUUUUUAAGGAACAUUAUUAUAUAAAACCAUCAGGGAACUGUGACCUUUCUAGGUUAAGUGAUCCCCACAAUGAAUUUAGGGGGAAGAAUGUCCUUAUUGAAAGAAAUGAUCCUGCUGCAUUGGCAUCAAAGUUUGGAAUGUCGAUUGAGCACUACUUUGAUAUUUUGGGUAAAUGCAGGCAAAAGCUUUUUGAUAUAAGGUCACGUCGACCCAGGCCACAUUUGGAUGAUAAGGUAAUUGUAUCCUGGAAUGGACUGGCAAUUUCAUCUUUUGCAAGAGCUUCUAAGAUUCUCAAGAGUGAAGCUAAGGACACCAGAUACCAUUUUCCUGUUGUUGGUUGUGAGCCCAAGGAGUAUAUGGAAGUUGCAGAGAAGGCAGCCUUGUUUAUCAGAAGGCAUCUUUAUGACGAAGAGUCGCACAAGCUACAACAUAGCUUCAGGAAUGGCCCAUCUAAAGCACCUGGAUUCUUGGAUGAUUAUGCUUUCUUAAUUUCAGCUUUGCUGGAUCUCUAUGAAUAUGGUGGUGGGAUCAAUUGGCUUGUCUGGGCAAAUGAAUUACAAGAGAGCCAGGAUGAGUUAUUUCUUGAUCAAGAAGGAGGUGCCUAUUUUAAUACUCCGGGGGAAGACCCUUCAGUCCUCCUCCGUGUAAAAGAAGAUCAUGAUGGGGCAGAGCCCUCGGGGAACUCAGUUUCUGCCAUCAACCUUAUCAGAUUGGCUUCUAUUGUUUCCGGCAAGAAAUCUGAAUAUUACAGGCAUAAUGCAGGGCAUCUUCUGGCAGUUUUUGAGGCAAGAUUGAAAGACAUGGCUAUGGCAGUGCCUCUGAUGUGUUGUGCAGCUCAUAUGCUUACUGUUCCCUCCAGGAAACAAGUUGUCGUGGUUGGUCAUAAGUCCACUGUGGAGUUCGAAAACAUUCUUGCAGCUGCUCAUGCAUCAUAUGAUCCCAACAAAACUGUGAUUCAUAUUGAUCCUUCGAACACAGCUGAAAUUGAAUUUUGGGAAGAACAUAAUAGUAAUAUCGCCCACAUGGCAAAGACUAAUUAUGCAGGAGACAAGAUUGUUGCUCUUGUCUGUCAAAAUUUCACUUGCAGUCCUCCGGCAUACGAUGCCAAAUCUCUUGAAGCUCUGCUUUCGAAAUAAUAGGGAAAAGAAUGGCAUGUCAAUAUGCAAAUCAAAAGACAUUAUAUGGUGGCUUAGCAUGCAACAGAGAACUACAGAAGGUUUAGCUUAUCUUUGUAUUUAUAUACUUCGUUACUGGCAAAAGACUUGGGACUGCAAUAAGAAAUUUUUCUUAAGGUGGAGGUAAAAUUCUCAAUUAUUUGUUAUUUUAUAUUUAAAGCUGAGGGAACUCUUUGUCAUUCUUUGGAAUCCAAAGGACAUUGAUUCUAAA